ACUGCUGUCUAUGAAGAAAGACACGCGCGCAUAUUUUGUGUUGAUAUAUUACGUAUUUCGAGGAGGGAAUUCGAUAUCCCGGUGGAAAGCGCAGCCUUCCAGUGGUUAAACCGACCUGUCGCGAUCUGAUUAGUGCACCUUGAGAUGAUCUCUCUUGGAAGCCGCAAGGAAAGCCGGCAUUCUGGCGUGCUGGUACCAGUACUUUUGAGUGCUUGCGCCAUUCCGAUUUCGAUGCUAUUCUGGAUAGUGAACGUGGCUUACUCGAUACUCUGGCCAAACACUACCGACUCUGCGGAAGGACACUCGGUAAUUUCGCCGUGGAGAUGGUUGGCUGCAAUUGUAAUUCCACUUCUGUUUAUAUCUUGGGGCUUACGUAAGAAAAGUUUAGAUGUCAGCGGUGGAAUUCUUGGAUUCUUUAUAGGCUUUGUUUUGACACUUUCAAGUUUUGCUCAUUUGACCGCUCUCAUAACAUUCUUCAUCACAGGAUCAAAAGUGACAAAAUUUCGGUCUGCACAAAAAAGAAUCGAAGUUGAUUUUAAAGAAGGUGGCCAACGGAACUGGAUUCAGGUUUUGUGUAAUGGUGGCAUGGCCACACAAUUAGCUUUAUUAUAUCUAUUGGAUGUAGGAAGUGGAGAACGGCCAAUUGACUUUGAUAAGGAAUAUCGAAGCUCAUGGUUAUCCAUUGGUAUAAUAGGAGCACUUGCAUGUUGUAAUGGUGACACCUGGGCUUCCGAGCUUGGUACGGUAAUUGGCACGAAUGAUCCUUUCCUUAUUACAACAAGGAGAAGAGUCCCAAGAGGGACAAAUGGUGGUGUGUCUUGGAUAGGACUAAUAUGUUCUAUUGUUGGUGGUAUGGUAAUUGGAUUUUCAUAUUAUAUCAUGAUAUUAAACACCGUUGAUACUGCCGUACUGCAACUAGCAGCACCACAGUGGCCCAUCAUAGUCGUCGCGACAUUUGGAGGAUUCUUUGGCAGCAUCUUAGAUUCUAUUCUUGGCGCAACUUUACAAUAUUCAGGAAUAGAUGAAAAGGGUAUUAUAGUGGAGCGACCUGGGAAAGGUGUAAAACACAUUUGCGGUAGACAGAUUUUGGAUAAUCAUAGUGUAAAUCUCCUUUCUACUGUUGGUAUUGCUCUCAUUCUUCCAAGAAUAGCCAAUAUUUUUUGGCCAUAAAAAUUUCUUUACAUUUAUUUCUAAUAAAAUAUUUUAAUAUAUUUUAAUAUAUUAAUAUUAUUUAUGUAUCUACAUAUACAUCUACAUACAAAUAAAUUGUAUAUUUUGUAUAUUUCUCUACGCUAUUUAGGAAUAAUAAUAUUUCAAUAGGAAUUAAACAAAUGAUCUUG